AUGUUCCGCAAAUUCCGUCCAAUUAUGUUACAGAAUCAAGUUCUGCAUUUAAGUGGUAAAAAGGAUGGAAAACAAGAUAAAUCAAAACAGCAAAAACCAGAGUGCGUGUGUAUGUGCCCUCCACAUUACAAAAUACUUACUAUGGACGAUAUGCAAUUGCCGUAUGGUAAUUGGAAAGAACAAUAUCAAAAGAGAAACAGAAAAUACAGUACAAUAUUCUUGUUUGGUUUGAUUUCAUUGAUUGGUUCUAUUACAGUUCUAAACAAAUCAUGUAUAUUUUUUAAUGCAUUUCCACCUCCUUAUCCCUUCGAUAAAGAAGAUAUAUUUGAAUGUGCUGAUGAUGAUGAAGACUGUGAAUUUGAAUGUGAAUGUGAAUGUUAG